CCCCUCGAAGUGAUUUGAAGCUUACGCGCAUGCGCACCAGCGGCGCGCUUCUUCCCUCCUCGCAAAAUCAAACAACCGCUCGUACGCCAAACGCCGAGCCGACAAUGGCACAACUGGUGGGUCCUCUCCGCAAAGAGCUCGCCGACUCCCUCUCCUCCUGCCGGGUGCUGGUGGUCGGGGCGGGGGGCAUCGGCUGCGAGCUCCUGAAAAACCUGGUCCUCACGGGCUUCAAGAAUAUUGAAGUGAUCGACCUGGACACCAUUGAUGUCAGCAACCUCAACAGGCAGUUUCUGUUCCAAAAGAAACAUGUUGGCAAGUCUAAAGCGCAGGUUGCCAAGGAGAGCGUGCUGAGAUUUUGCCCGUCUGCGAAUAUCACUGCUUAUCAUGACAGCAUCAUGAAUCCAGACUACAACGUGGAAUUCUUUAGGAAUUUCCAGCUUGUUAUGAAUGCUCUGGACAACAGAGCGGCCAGAAAUCACGUCAACAGAAUGUGUUUGGCAGCAAACAUUCCUCUCAUUGAAAGUGGGACAGCGGGGUAUCUGGGACAAGUUACGGUUAUCAAGAAGGGUAAGACAGAAUGCUACGAGUGUCAGCCCAAACCCACACAAAAAACCUUCCCAGGAUGCACCAUUCGCAACACACCCUCAGAACCCAUUCACUGCAUCGUGUGGGCCAAAUAUCUCUUCAAUCAGCUGUUUGGCGAGGAGGAUGCGGAUCAGGAAGUUUCGCCCGACACAGCCGAUCCGGAGGCCACCUGGAAUCCUGAAGACACAGCGGCACGAGCUACAGCCUCCGAGCAGGAUGGAGACAUCAAACGAGUGUCCACUAAAGAGUGGGCUCGCUCCACAGGCUACAAUCCUGUCAAACUCUUCAACAAGCUUUUUAAAGACGACAUCAUGUAUCUGUUGACAAUGGACAAGUUGUGGAAAAAGAGGAAAGCCCCUUUACCUCUUGACUGGACUGAGAUUCAGAAGCUGGGAUGUUCUAAGGACGACGUCUCGGGAUCUGGUCUGAAGGAUCAGCAGGUUUUGGGCGUUCAGGGUUAUGCUCAGCUCUUCCAAUGCAGUGUGGAGACUCUCCGAUCUCAGCUCAAAGAUAAGGGUGACGGUGCAGAGCUGGUUUGGGACAAGGAUGACUCUCCAGCCAUGGACUUUGUAACGGCAGCUUCAAACCUUCGUAUGCACGUCUUCAGCAUGAACAUGAAAAGCCGUUUUGAUGUCAAAUCCAUGGCUGGGAACAUCAUUCCAGCGAUUGCCACAACUAACGCCAUCAUCGCCGGUCUCAUUGUUCUAGAGGGGUUGAAGAUUCUCAACUCAGACUUUGAUCAGUGUCGCACGAUCUUUCUGAACAAACAACCCAAUCCCAGGAAGAAGCUCCUGGUUCCAUGUGCGCUGGACCCUCCCAAUCCCAACUGUUACGUGUGUGCCAGCCAGCCCGAGGUCACUGUCAAACUCAAUGUGCACAAGACCCUUGUGCUGGCCCUUCAGGACAAGAUAUUGAAAGAAAAAUUUGGCAUGGUGGCACCGGAUGUGCAAAUUGAAGAUGGAAAAGGAACUAUCCUCAUCUCUUCUGAGGAAGGAGAGACUGAAGGAAACAAUAACAAGUUUUUGUCCGACUUCGGUAUUCGAAACGGAAGCCGUCUUCAAGUGGAUGACUUCCUACAAGAUUACACACUUUUGGUCAAUGUACUUCACAGUGAGGACUUGGAAAAGGAUGUGGAGUUUGAAGUUGUGGGUGAUGCGCCAGAAAAGGCGCCAACCCCAAGUGCCCCAGAGGAGGGGAAAAGCAUCGCCAAUGGUAGCAACGAUUCUGCCCAGCCUUCUACCUCAUCUAAAGCCGCUGCAGACGACGAUGAUGUCCUUAUUGUAGAAUCCGAUGAAGAACCAUCCUCGAGCACCAUGGAAACCUCCCCGGACACCAGUAACCGCAAGAGAAAGCACCAUGAUACAGAUGAUUCUGCGUCUAAGCGCAAACGCGUUGACCAACAGCCAGCCGAGGACGAUGACGACAUCAUUGCUCUAGAUUAGCACAUUUCCUUUUGACUCCCAGCAGAGGAUUUUCCGCUAUUGUAUUUUCGUAUGGAUUCUCUUACCAACAUGUAAAUAUAUCUGUACAAAACGGUUCAAGUUCAGUGGAUGUCUUUUUCCUUCUGUCCUUUGUUGAGAACAGAAAAUGAGUUCUGAACUGCACUUGGUUCGAUUUUUUUUCUCAGAUGGAUAAAAUGCUUUUCAACCUUUUUACAAAUGUGUGUGCCUCCCGGUGUUUCAGAAAAGCUGGAGAAAAGUGCUUGCUGUAUUUCAGUGCUUUUUGUCAUCUUUGAAAACCAUAUUUAUUACAGAUUUUCUGCAGCCAACCUUUGCUAUAUUUACCAUCAUUUUACAGUAUAGUGAUAUUACUGUACGGGACUGUAUUAUCAACUUUUACAUUGCUUUAGCACCAGAAUGAAAUCGUUUUUUUUUACAAAAAAAUAUACUUGGAUAAAUAUUUAAACCUUAGUUUUUCUUCCUAUAUUUACUUUUUUUACCCAGUAAAAAAACAAUCCCUCACUUUAGGUCAGAGUUGGGAGAUGAAUAAAGGGUCCGAAAACG